AUGAGCCGCUUACUCCAACGUGUUGUCGGUUUGCGUUUUAAAUACUUGAUGGCUAGGAACGCGUCCAGUUACCUCAUUGAGGAUCCCAAAUAUUCCUUUUUAAAAGAUUUGGGGUUGGAUAAAAAAAAUGUGGGAGUUUUUAAUGGAAAAUGGGAAGCUAACGGCCCGAUGAUUCAAUCCUUUAGUCCAGCCAACGGUAAAGUAAUAGCGGAGGUGCAGGCGGCCAGUGUUGCAGAUUACGAAUCCUGUGCUAAGGCUGCUCAGGAUGCGUGGCACGAAUGGGCGGAAAUGCCGGCACCAGCCCGGGGGGAAAUCGUCAGACAAAUAGGAGACGCCUUAAGAGAGAAGUUGCAGCCUUUAGGGCAAUUAGUUUCUUUAGAAAUGGGUAAAAUUCUUCCCGAAGCAAUAGGUGAAGUGGUUGAAUAUAUCCACGUAUGUGACUUAGCACUUGGUCUAUCACGCUCACUCCCUGGUACGAUUUUCCCAUCGGAGCGGCCUGGUCACGUCCUUAUUGAAAAAUGGAAUCCUCUCGGUGCCAUCGGUAUCAUAACUGCUUUCAAUUUUCCUGUCGCCGUUUUUGGAUGGAACAGCGCUAUCGCAAUGGUAUGCGGCGACGUCAGCGUGUGGAAGCCAUCAGAAACCACACCACUCAUAUCAGUGGCAGUGACCAAGAUUGUAGAAAGUGUUCUCGUUAAAAACAACAUUCCGGGGGCUGUGGCUGCGUUGUGCGUUGGCGGGAAGGAUAUUGGACAAACAUUAGUGAAAGAUCACAGGAUGAAGCUGGUCUCCUUCACAGGCAGCACAGCUGUUGGGCAAGAGGUGGGUGUGGAAGUCCAAAGGCGUUUCGGGCGUCACUUGUUGGAACUAGGAGGAAACAACGCUAUCAUCGUGAACGAGGACGCCAACCUUCAACUGCUGCUGAAUGCGGCGCUGUUCGCUUGCGCUGGGACCGCGGGACAACGCUGUACUACCACAAGAAGACUGCUUAUACAUAAAAAAGUGUACUCAGAGGUAGUGUCUAAGCUAAAGAAGGCCUAUGCUAGUGUUUUAAGUCGUAUCGGGGAUCCAUUAGAGUCCGAAUCGCUAAUUGGACCUCUCCACACACCAGCUGCUGUACAAGCCUACAAAGACACCGUUGCGGCUGCUGUUAAACAAGGAGGAAUUAUUGAAUUCGGUGGAAAGGUGAUCGAACGUGAAGGCUACUUUGUGGAGCCGACCAUCAUAACAGGUCUACCGCAUGACUCUCCGCUGGUUAAGACUGAAUGUUUCGCUCCCAUCGUUUAUUGUAUUGAGAUUCCCGAUCUAGAAACCGGUAUUCAAUACAAUAAUGAAGUGGAGCAGGGUCUAUCAUCAAGUCUUUUUACUGAAAAUAUGGGAAAUGUUUUCAAGUGGAUUGGUCCUCACGGGUCGGAUUGCGGCAUCGUGAAUGUAAAUAUCCCAACCAACGGCGCGGAGGUCGGUGGAGCCUUCGGAGGCGAAAAGGCUACGGGCGGCGGCCGCGAGUGUGGGUCGGACUCCUGGAAGAGCUAUAUGCGUCGCUCUACAGUUACUAUCAACUACUCGGGAACCAUUAAACUCGCACAGAACAUCAAAUUUGGCGACGACUAA